AAGAUAACACAGGAAGAUGAGAACGACAACAACGCCGAGGUCACCUGGGAGGACCAGCAGCGUAUCAACUCGUUCUCGAAGAUGAACACGAGAGUCAAGGGAAUUGAGGAGAAGAUUGAAGCAUUAAAGCAAGAAAAGGAGGCCCUCGAUGACCUGGGCAUGGAGCUUGAACUCGCGGACGAAGACCAACUCGUUCUGUAUCGCGUCGGCGAAGCGUUCGUGCACCUACGGCACAGCCAAGCCAUGAAGCGGCUAGAGAAGGACCAAAGCGACCUCAGCAGCCAGUUCGAGAGCUUAAGAGAGAAGGCAGAAGAAUGUGAGAAGGAGAUGAAGGAGCUCAAGGUCGUGCUGUACGCUAAGUUCGGCCGUGCGAUCAACCUGGACGAAUGA